AUUUGAAAUCCGACAAAAAUUCAACAAUCUCGGACAAAAUUUUCAAAAAGUUGGAAAAAGUGUUUUUAGAAAUAUACUUUUGUCAACAUUGCAAUGGCUUGAUCAAAUCAUUUAAUGAAGCAGUCAAUCAUAAAUGUUUUCUUGGAAAAGAACAUAUUUAUCAAAAUGAAGAAGACAAAACUAUCUUAUUUGUUAAUAAUUACGAAAAUGAAAAUAAAGAAAACCAUGAAGAGCAAGUGUUUAAAUACGAAGAGUCUGAAGUUCAUGAUUCUUUAUCAUCAGUUACACUGCAAAUAUUAAAGAUGAUGAAGACUUAAGUGAUCCUGAAGAUUUCAAAACAUUAGAAUGCUAAGAAAAAUGCUGUGUGGACAAAAAAGACAAGGAAGUUCUGAUGAAGAAGAUAGCAAUGCUGAGAAUACCAAAGAGAAAGAAGGUCUUAUUAUAGACAAUACGGAAACUAAUUUAACUGCUCUUAGAAGAGCAAUUUGUUUGACUAUACAUUCAUCAUUACAUGUUGAAGAAUGUGCACAUAAAUUAUCCAAAAUGCAAUUUAAGCCAGGACAAGAAAUAACACUUUGUCAUAUGUUUCUAGAUUGUUGCGCGGAAACGCGUACGUACGAAAAAUUUUUUGGAUUGUUAGCAGGACGAUUUUAUGCCAUAAACAAAACUUAUAUUACACCUUUCGAACAAAUAUUUCAAGAUUCUUAUUAUACAAUACAUCGAUUAGAUAGUAAUAAGUUAAGAAAUGUAUCAAAAUUCUUUGCUCAUUUGUUAUUUACCGAUUCUAUAUCAUGGAAAGUAUUGUCGUGUAUAAAAUUAAACGAAGAAGAUACUAACAGUUCUAAUAGAAUAUUUAUUAAAAUAUUAUUUCAAGAACUUUCCGAAUACAUGGGUCUUUCGAAACUUAAUCAAAGAGUUAAAGAUGUAACAUUACAGGAAGCAUUCAGUGGAUUAUUUCCCCGAGAUAAUCCAAAAAAUACACGUUUUUCAAUCAAUUUUUUUUACAUCUAUUGGUUUAGGUGGUCUUACGGAUGAUUUGAGAUGUUCUCUCAAAUCUUAAUUAUAAAUUCGUUAUUAAAUGUAAAUAUAACGAUUUCAUGUUAUAUGAAUCGUUAUUUGUAAUGUA